AUGCUUGCGGUUAUAUGGCUGCUACUUCUGGCAGCGGUGGGAACAGCGUUCAUUGAUGUUCACGAUGAUCUCAAAAAUAAUGAAACUGCCAAAGCCCUACCUAAUCGAACGGUUAGUGAUGGAGUUUUUCAGUUGGGGGUGAGCAAAGCUGCGGGAGUUCCAAAUCUCCGAAAAAGACAAUCCAAGUCAAAUUUGACCAAUCCUUACAUUGGUGAUAUUUACAUGAUCACUUAG